GUUCUUUCUUUUGGUUGUUUGUUUUUUGGUUGAGAGAUAGGUUUAAUUCGUCGCUCUUUUAUCAUAUCAUAUCGUCUCUUGCAUACUAUACUAUACUGUUCUCUACUCUACAGAACGUAUAUCCAACCACUUACCUACUACACUACACCACAUCUAAUAUCAUCUCACAAUGGGCGCCCCCGAAGGUCACGAACACAACCAUGAAUGGACCCAUGGGUUCUGGGACUGCUGUUCCCCAGCUGGAACAUGCUUCAUGGCCUGCUGCUGUCCCUGCCUCCUCUACGGAAAAGUAUCCUCGCGGAUGGAAGACCCCGCGCUGAAAGAAUACAGCAAGAUGAAUGGAAGCUGCUGCGUCUACGCCCUAACCUCCUACUGCGGCCUCUACUGGAUCUUCCUGAUGCUGAAGCGCGGCGAGAUGCGCCACCGCUUCGGCAUCGGCGGCAACGGCUGCAAGGACUGCAUGGCCGCGUUCUGCUGCCCCUGCUGCGUGCUCAUGCAGCAGGAAAAGGAGGCCGUCGCGCAGUCCGAGAAGAUCGAGCAGGCCGGCGGUGCGGCGGCUGGGUAUCAGGCGCCGGCCGGGAUGGCGUAUCCGGCUUCGAAUGGGAAUUUUUAGACUAGUCUGUUAUUCGGGUUGUUGGGUUAUGUCGUUCGUUUUGGGUUAUGAUUUGAUGGGCUGGGCUGGCCCCCCUGUUUUGGUCGUUCGUUUCUCUUGGUUGCUCGGAUGGAGGAAUCCUUAGGUAUAUCUACGGGAAAAAGUAGAACAAAAAUACAAGUUUUGAGUAUAUCAGCG